AUGGAGCAUUCUAUUAGUCCAAACUUGAGUGCUUACUUAAAGCAUGAAGUUUUGGAUCUGAAAGGAAAAGGACUCUUCAGGGUACCUGAUGCAGUCACUGAACUGAGUGAAGUAGAGAAACUUGUGCUGGACAGAAAUAACCUAACUGAAUUACCAGCAAGUAUCAGCAGGCUGAAAAAUCUUAUUGUGCUCAAACUGGAUGGUAAUAAGCUAACAAAACUACCUGCUGAGAUUGGUGACCUCAGGGAGUUGAGACAGCUGUGGGUGAGUGCCAACCAGUUGCUUGGUUUACCCACCAGUAUACAGAUGCUGACCAAGCUUGAAAGGCUGUACUUGGAUGGAAAUAAACUAACUGAACUACCUGCUGAAAUUGGUGACCUCAGGGAGCUGAGGGAGCUGAGUGUGAGAGACAACAAUUUGAUUGAUUUACCUACCAGUAUACACAGGCUGACCAAGCUUGAAGAGCUGGACUUGGUUGGAAAUAAACUAACUGGACUAUACCUGCUGAGAUAGGUGACCUCAGGGAGCUGAGGGUGCUGGGUGUGAAUAACAACCAGUUGGUUGGUUUACCUACCAGUAUACACAGACUGACCAAGCUUGCAGUGCUGUACUUGGAUGGAAAUAAACUAACUGAACUACCUGCUGAGAUCUGCGACCUUAAGGGGCUGAGGCAGCUGAGUGUGAGUGACAACCAUUUGGUUGAUUUACCUACCAGUAUACACAGGCUAACCAAGCUUGAAGAGCUGGACUUGCUUGGAAAUAAACUAACUGAACUACCUGCCGAGAUUGGUAACGUGAGGGAACUGAGGGAGCUGUGGGUAGGUGACAACCAGUUGGUUGGUUUACCUACCAGUAUACAGAGGCUGACCAAGCUUGAAUUUCUGUACUUGGAUGGAAAUAAACUAACUGAACUACCCGCUGAGAUCUGUGACCUCAGGGAGCUGAGGCACCUGAGUGUGAGUGACAACCAUUUGGUUAAUCUACCUACCAGUAUACACAGGCUGACCAAACUUAAAAAGCUGUACUUGGUUGGAAAUAAACUAACUGAACUACCCGCUGAGAUCGGUGACUUGAGGGAGCUGAGGCAGCUGGGUGUGAGUCAGAAUCCUUUAACUAUUGACGCAGUAAGAUGUGCCCUGAAGUUGAGGAAGAAGGGAAUACUUGUAGGUGGUGUUGCAGGUAAGAAAAGCGGAUAUUUUAGUUAUUUGGAAGUUCGAAAAAAACCGAAAUAA